UAAUCUCCAAACCAGGCGCAACAGUGCCGCACUCGGCCAUGUAAAAAUAGCCAUCUCGCACUGUCAGAUUCCUGCCUCUUCAUCGCGGCAUCGCAUACCCCCCUUGCCUCAUGGCGUGCCAGAGCAUUUUGCAUGUGAUUUUUACCCUUGGGACGUUGCGUCGGGAUCCCCUCUUUGCCAUAAAUUGAUGAUCCCGACCACGUACUACAGGGGAAAGUACAGGACGAUAGUGCCUUAAGGCGGUAACAAAAUGAAGCUGUCACCAAGGGAGGUGAACAAGCUCACCCUGCAUGGGGCGGGAGUACUUGCCCAGAAGAGGCUGGCCCGUGGAUUACGCCUCAACCACCCUGAAGCUAUCGCUUUGAUAGCUACACAGGUGUUGGAGUUCAUUAGAGAGGGGAAGUCGGUUGCAGAGCUGAUGGACUUAGGCAAGCGCAUGUUGGGGAGGCGACAAGUGAUGCCUGGCGUACCAUACCUUGUGGAAUCAGUUCAGGUUGAAGGAACAUUCCGAGACGGUACAAAGCUCGUUACAAUACAUGAACCCUUUUCAUCGGAAGAUGGAGAUUUAGCAUUGGCGUUGCAUGGCUCGUUCCUUCCAGUGCCACCUUUGGGUGCCUUCCACUUCCACAUGGAAGCAAUGUAUCCAGGGAAGCUGAUCACUGAGAAGGGUGAAAUCGUCAUCAAUCAAGGUCGAAGAGCUGUGAUGUUGACUGUUAGCAACCGCGCUGACCGACCUAUCCAGAUUGGUAGUCACUAUCACUUUAUUGAAACCAAUCCUUACCUUUGUUUUGAUCGAGAGAAAGCCUAUGGCAUGCGCCUCAAUAUUUCUGCUGGGUCGGCUGUCAGAUUUGAGCCAGGUGAUACCAAGAGGGUAACACUGGUCAGCAUUGGAGGGAAGAAGGUCAUCAAAGGAGGAAAUGGUUUGGCCUCUGGUCCAGUAGAUCACUCUCGUCUACCAACGAUCAUGGAAAGCAUUCUGGCCAAAAAUUUCCUACAUGCUCAUGAGUCCAAUGCACUGACUGGGGUCUCUGGGGUGGAUAGCACUCUAACUUUUAAAGUUGAUAAGGAACAUUAUGCUCAUAUAUAUGGACCCACAACUGGCGACAAGGUGCAACUUGGUGACACAAACUUGUGUGCUAAAGUUGAAAAGGACUAUACUUUUUAUGGGGACGAGUGUCAGUUUGGAGGGGGAAAAGUUUUAAGAGAUGGAAUGGGGCAAGCAAGUGGCUGUGGUGAGAAUGAGACCCUAGACACGGUAAUUACCAACGCUCUGGUGAUCGAUCAUACUGGUAUCUACAAGGCUGACAUCGGCAUCAAAGGAGGAAUCAUAGUUGGCAUUGGUAAAGCUGGGAACCCGGAUGUCAUGGACGGUGUUACUGAAGGCAUGAUUGUGGGGGUAAAUACUGAAGCAAUCGCAGGAGAAGGUAUGAUUCUCACAGCUGGUGGAAUAGAUUCCCACGUACACUACAUAUGUCCACAACUCGCGGAUGAGGCCAUAGCAGCUGGGUUGACAACGUUGAUAGGAGGCGGUACAGGGCCAGCCCAUGGCACUUGUGCUACAACUUGCACUCCAUCUUCAGAGCAUAUGCGUCUCAUGCUGCAGGCUACAGACGAGAUUCCCCUUAAUAUUGGCUUUACUGGCAAGGGAAAUACGUCUGAUGUAGAAGGACUGCCAGAAAUAAUACGAGCUGGUGCUAUAGGAUUAAAACUGCAUGAAGAUUGGGGAACUACUCCGGCUGCAAUCAGGAACUGUCUUAAUGUCGCCGAUGAAUAUGACAUACAGGUGACAAUCCAUACAGACACGCUGAAUGAGUCAGGGUGUGUAGAGCAGUCGAUUGAAGCAUUUGGAGGCCGGACUAUUCAUACUUACCACAGUGAGGGUGCGGGUGGUGGUCAUGCACCUGACAUCAUUAAAGUCUGUGGGUUGCCUAAUAUUUUGCCAUCUUCAACAAAUCCCACAAGGCCUUACACAGUCAAUACCAUAGAUGAACAUCUUGACAUGCUGAUGGUGUGUCAUCAUCUCAACAAGAAUAUUUCAGAGGACGUUUCUUUUGCAGAAUCUCGGAUUCGGGGCGAGACGAUAGCUGCUGAAGACAUUCUUCAUGAUAUGGGGGCCAUCAGCAUGAUGUCCUCUGAUUCUCAAGCGAUGGGUCGAAUUGGCGAGGUCAUAACACGCACUUGGCAAACAGCGCACAAGAUGAAAUCGCAGCGCAAGCAGCUUCCUGAAACGAGGAAUGAUGAUAAUGAUAAUUUGCGUAUUCGACGAUAUAUUGCUAAAUAUACCAUCAACCCAGCCAUUGCUCACGGUGUAUCUCACCUCAUUGGCUCUGUCGAAGUAGGUAAGCUCGCCGAUUUAGUGCUUUGGCAACCAGGACAUUUUGGAGCGAAGCCUGAGAUGGUUCUCAAGUGUGGCUUUAUCGCGUGGGCACAGAUGGGAGAUGCCAAUGCCAGCAUCCCUACUCCUGAACCGAAACUCAUGCGACCAAUGUUUGGAGCUCAUGGAAAGGCGUGCAGUUCCCAGUCGAUCGCUUUCGUCAGCAAGGCUGCACUCGAGGCGGGCGUGAAAGCUGCCUACGGACUGCAGAAACGGGUGGAAGCUGUGCAAAAUGUUCGCAACAUUGGCAAGGCCGACAUGAAGCUCAACAACGCAACGCCCGUCAUUGAAGUGGAUCCCGAGACGUACCACGUCACAGCUGACAAAGUGCCGCUAGUGUGCGAGCCUGCCGAGUCUCUGCCUCUAAGCCAGACAUAUUUUCUCUUCUAAAAUCCCCCCUCAUCCUAAAGGUACACAUCACUUUCGUAGCAAGUGAAACAACCAGGAACACAUCUCAAAGCUUUCUGGGUGCAGGAACAGCAGGUUGCGAAUCCUGUGUAUUGGCACAUGCAGAACAUUCCAGAGUCUGAGUACCCUUCAGUGACUUGCUGCAAGGGCUUAGAUGGAGGACCACUGGAAAUAUUCCUUGAGAACAACUUCUGAAGACGAAAGAUGAUAUGCUUCAGAUUGUGAGAGAGGAAGUCCUCGUUUGGAUUUAACCGAUACAAGUGAGAUAUCCAUGCAUGUUCUGGCCUUACUACGCUUGUAAGACGAUCUCCUGUUAUCAGGUGCUGUGAGCCAACAUGUAGUUUGUCAGAUGUGUUGGUUUUCCUAUUCUGCUGAGGAAGGUGAAGGAUAUUGUGUCCCAUGUGUAUGCAUAAACUCAAUUCUUACAAGUUUAUGAACUCAUACUAGUUAUCCAAAUCUCCUUCUUUGGUGGUACCUAGAAGGUGGAUGUUGUAAAAUGUUUCUGUUAAUAAAUGCUUGUGGAAGAAUAGAAUGGUGUUUGAAAA